GGAAAUAGUUGUGAAUUCUGAAGUUCAGUGAGGAAGUGCGUUUUUGAAUUUAGGCAAAGCACAAAAUGAGCACAGAAAACGAAGUGGCGGAAAUAGAGGAAGCAAAGAUUCCAGGGAACUAUUCGGCAAGAAAGAUCCAACGUUGGAACCCAUCUUCCAUCUACGCCACGAAUAUUAUUCACAAUAAUUUUAGGAACAAUGUUAAGAGCAACGAUGCGAUCCAUAAGAACCUGCCGGUAAACCAUGUUUCGCCGGCACAAAUGUAUUCAACGGACUCAGGCAGGAUGUUCCACGCGGGUUCGAUUUGCAUCAUAAUGGUUGGUUUGCCGGGCAGAGGCAAGACUAACCUUUCUAUCAGCUUAUGUCGGUACUUGAGAUGGCUUGGGGUGCGUACCGAGCUAUUCCACUUGGGUGACUAUAGAAGAAAAAACACAGACCUGAAUAAAGAAACAGAUUUGAACUUCGAUAAAUUGAAUUCCAACUCUUACUUUUCUCUGCAACCAGAAAACAGCAAUAUAAAAAAUUUAAAGUCAAAAAUAAAGAGCGAGUUAAUCGAAGAUAUCAUUGGUUUCUUUGAGACCUCAAACGGACAAAUUGCGAUCUACGAUGCGAUUAAUGGGCUUUCCAGUGAACGGAAAAGGCUACUCGAUUUUUUCAAAUCGAAAAAUAUCAAAUGUUUAUUUAUAGAAUCGAUCAUUGAUGAUGUUGAAUUGUUGAAUGAAAACAUACGGGACGCAGUCAACUCGCCAGACUAUAAAUCUUGGGACAGUGAGGCUGCGUUGAAGAAUUUCACAAAUAGAAUCAAAGCAAACGAAGCAUACUAUGAGCAUCUCGAUUCAAAGGUGGCCAAUCUUCCUUUCAUCCAGUCAUACAACUUUGGAGAAAAAAUUCUCAUUAACGACUUGAAGCACGAUUUUUUGACAACGAAGAUUAUCUAUUAUUUACUCAAUGCGAAAAUAAAAUCCCACUCGAUUUACUUUGCACGCUGUUCUUUGAAUAAACUAAAAUUUAAAGACGAUCCACCAAUAACUGAAAAUGGGAAAGUCUACAUAAACAAAAUUUACAAUACCUUGGCAUCAAGUUUCACUGAUCAGAAAAUACCAAAAGAUCUUGUUGUGUGGACUUCAACAAGAUUGAGGACGAUACAAUCCUCACAAAUAUUCAAAAACGCAGGAUGUACGGUUAGACAUAGGCCUGAAUUGACACAGCUUAAUCCUGGGGCUGCAGAAGGCUUAACAGAUCAAGAGUUGGAUGAAAAAUUUCAUGAAAGUUAUGUGAAACAUUUAUCCGAUCCUUACCAUCAUAGAUAUCCAAGAGCUGAAUCUUAUCAUGAUUUAGCGUUAAAGAUCGAACCAUUGAUUCUAGAAAUGGAAAAAUUAUCCCAUGAUGUGUUGAUUAUAGCAGAUGAAACUAUUAUUCGUAUUUUCUACGGUUAUUUAAUGGCCUCAAAUGCAAAUGAUAUCCCUCUGAUCGAGUUUCCUCAAAAUGAAAUUAUCAAAAUCACGUAUCAUACAUACAACAAUGAGAUUGAGAACUUGGUUGUGGACGGAAUAGCUAAGGAAUAGUUUUUGAAGUAUAGCAUUUGUUGUAUGUGUAUAAUAGUAGAAGAACUACUUCUACUACUAAAAAAUAACGUAUUCACCACCCACUUUAUUAUCUCUAGAGAAAAAUCGAAAAAAAACCUUUGUGG